AUGGAGAGAGAGAAGUUUCAGCAGAAGGCUCCGAAGCAAACUAAGCAGAAGAAAUCCAAGUCGGCUGAAUUUCUGAUGGUUAAAGAAGAGAGAGAAGCCAUGGAAGGCACUGGAAACCCAGCUUUUAACAUGAGCAGCCCAGAUCUCUCAGCAUAUCAGACUUCAGACACGAAAAUCAUUAGACGUGACAUGCCGGAUCGCACCCUUGCAGCUCACCAACAAAAAUUCAGGCUGCUAGCCUCUGCUGAACCAAAAGGAAAUGAAUACAGCAGAAAUUACUUUGACCCACUGAUGGAUGAGGAAAUAAACCCAAGGCAGUGUGGGAUGGAGGUCGGCAGAGAGGUUUGUUUAAUGACUGAGGCAGGGAAAGCAGAAUCCAGUGUGGAUAACACAGCCGGCCGUUCAGAGAAAGAAACAGAGAAAAACAUGUGUGCAACAAGAAGGGGUGAUGAAACUAAAUCUUCUUCACACUCUUCUCAAGGAAGCAUUUCUAAUAAAAUUGGUCUCUGCCCUACGGACUAUGAUCUCACUCUCGCAAAAGGAGACCAUGAAUUACACAGUAAGGAAAAAUCAAUCACUUGGAGAACUGGAGAAAUUGGAGAUCAUUCACAGGAAAUAUCUUACUUGGAGGAAUUGGAAAAACACAGGAUUUCAGUUUGCUGUUCUUCUCUUGCUGAUGGCUCUGGAUCUGGAGAAUUCUUCAAGCAUCUCUAUUUUGUGCUGGUGUCGGUGGUUUCAGAACUUCAAUUAGCUCAAUGGCAAAGCCAGGGCUUCUGGUACAUUAUCUUGCUGAUGGCUUCUCUUUGGUUCCUGAGGCUCUAUCUGCAUUACCUUAGCCAGUGGCUUUUCCUCCAGGCCCUUUCAACUCCUGUUACAAAAUUCCAUUUUUCUGCCUUCACGGUUGAGCUCUGCUACCCAACCUCUUCACUUCACCUCGCAGAAGAGUUGCUUGUCGUUGCGGUGGGGCCUUUAAUGUUGAACGCAAUCCUACUUCCCUUGGUUCUGAUCAGAUGGGGCUGUCAGCUACUGUUUGGCUUCUGCCAUGAUGUCCUGUCAAAAUUAAUCAUUACCAUGGGACUAUGGAUAGUUCUGGACCCAAUGGCAGUGUUUAUUGUGGAUACUGUCCUGGGGAGAAAAAGCCGUACCCCUCAGCAGUCUCUAGAGGCCUACGUGCUCAGCUCCUUCUCCAUUUCUCCCUGUUCUGAUGUUAUCCCCUGCUUCUCCCCUGGCUCACUUUGUUCCAGGGCUUUUGACCUCUUGGCUUUUUCUCGAGCAUAA